CCGGAGCGCAUCACAUGAUUUGAGUCUUGUGACAAUCCAGACAGAAAGGGAAAACGAGUUCCGAGUUUACAACUGUUUUUUUGUGUGCUCUAGAAUGAUUGGAGAGGUUCUUUUGACAAAAAAUGACAUAAUGAGGUGAUAAGAUGGCGAUAUUUUAGACAUUUCCCUCUUUUUUAAAUAAGCAUCCUCCCUUUAGACUGAAUAGUCCGCGAGUGUUUCGGGUGGUGCAGUCAGGGACAAAGUUGGCACAUGGAGAGAGGCGAUAACUUAAAUUUUUGCGCGUCGUGUUUUCUUCGGGUUUUUUUACCCAUCCGUGCCUGCAAAAGUCGUAUGACUCGAGGCAACACCGACUAAGUAAAUCCAAUUUGUGUGGGAAGAAGAGGGCCAGCCAAGGCAAAGAAAGAGAAAGAUAACUUGAGGACGCAACAGAUAUGGACAGCAAACCUCUUCUCCAAGACCGUCCUCCUGCUUAUGCUAACGUCGUCCCGGGGGCGUAUGAAUAUGGUCAGCAGCACAAUUAUGGAGCUAUCCCAACCCCUGCACCCCCGGGCUUUCAACAGCCACCGCCAUAUCAGUACCCCACUGGCCCAGGGUUCCAAGAAGGCCCCAGUGCACAGAUGGGCCCAGCCAUAGCCCAGCAGCCCUACCCUGGCACAUACACCAUCAUCCAGCCCUCCGUGGUGGUGGUGGGGGGCUGCCCAGCCUGCAGAGUGGGCGUGCUGGAGGAUGACUUCACCUGCCUGGGGAUCAUGUGUGCUGUCUUCUUCUUCCCCCUGGGGAUCCUCUUCUGCCUGGCACUGCGCCAGAGGAGAUGCCCCAACUGUGGCGCCACCUUCGGGUAGAAGGACCAACCUGUAGCUCGUCCUCUCAGCCCAGCUGGAUCUUAUAACUUUGUUGUUUAUAAUUAUUACACACUGAGAAUGCCAGGUAUUUUCUAUACAACAAUUAAGUAGUCGCCACAAUGAAUUCUAGCCAGCCAUUAAUUCUGAUAUGAUAGAGGUGCAUGUGAAAACCUACAUUUGUACAUGGUAGAAUAUACUUUGGUAGUAUUUUCUAGUGAAGAAGCCUGAUCUUUGUCCAUCUACUGCUGGUGCCUUUAUUACGCUAUAGAGCAGAAAACAGACAGGGGCCAUAUUCCACAAAGCGUAUCAGAAAAUAUCCUGGAUCCUGUUUUAAGACAAAAAAAAAGCUCCCAGCUCAGAGUAGGUUUUAUGAGGAUAAGUUAC